GUGGCGGGGCGGCGCAGGAAGGGGGCGGCGCGGCGGGGCGGUGGUUCCGGGUGCGUCGCGCUCCUCGGCCCGGGACCCGCCGUGCCCCAUGGCCGCUCCGCAGGACCCGCUGCCCCCAGCAGAUCAUGCAGCAAAAGAGCCAGUGGAGGAUACGGAUCCAAGCACUCUUUCCUUAACAAUGACUGAAAAAUAUCCUGUCCAAGACACAGGAGUACCUAAAGUGGAAGACCAGUAUUUCACACUCUUUGCCUUAGAUGAGGAAUAUCUAACAGACCAAGUUACUUUGGAAAUUGCAUCUGUGAACAUCAAGACCCUUACAUCAGAUUCUGGCCUAAUCCAACAGCCAGAAGACACAGACACACAAAACCAUACUGACAAAUCACUUUCAGAUCUCAAGAAAACCUGCAAGGAAAAUGUCACAUGCUCCUUGUGCUUAUUCCGUGCACCGACCAUCAGUGACAUGCUCAAUGAUGAGGACUUGUUGUACACAGUGAGGCUAAARCUGGAUCCCUGCCACCCAACAGUGAAAAACUGGAGAAAUUUAGCAAGCAAGUGGGGGAUGACUUAUGAUGAAUUGUGUUUCCUUGAACAAAAACCCCAGAGUCCCACCUUGGAGUUCUUGCUGCGGAAUAGUGACCGGACUGUGGAGCAGCUGAUUGAUCUCUGUAAAUUUUAUAAGAGAAUUGAUGUUGUGAAAGUGCUGCUGAAAUGGGUGGAGGAAGAAUGGCCGAAGAGAGGGAACAGAACUUACCAGAAUGACUUCUAGGUCAAAGAAAGUUGUUAGUCUGUAUAUGUUAAAUGCUGGGACUAGCUACCACUAAUACACUGGAAGUUUCCCUUGCAAGAGAGAGAAAGCCUGUACUGAGGGUUUGUAUACUGUGUAAGCUUAGGCUUUAUCUACUGUAUACACAAAUGUAUGCUUUGUGUCCUCAGGGUUGCAAAGAUAACCUUCCAAAAGUGGAUCAAAUCAUUCAGGUUGUGUUCUUGAGUUGGCAAAUAACUUCAGUUUUUUUGCUGCUCUUCAGAGCCUUCCUAAACAGAAGAGGAAUGAAAAGGCCAGACUACUUGUUUUAACUGCAGCAAUUGUGAACCAUAUCAGUUGUGUGCUGUUGCCAUUGGGAAAGUCACAAUUAGAAGGCAAGUCUCUUGGCCUUACUUGCAGCCCUUCCACAAUUUUGUAUGUUCUACCUAGUACAAGGUGAGGUGUACUAUUUUUCUUCCUUUUUAGUUGUUUUUUAAGCUUUAUGACACUGUCUUUGGCAGAGAAACACCUCAGGCAGCAAUUUGGAUCUGCAUGUUACAACUAACUGAAUGUUCAACAUCACAUUUAAGCWAAUUAAGUCUCUUUUAUGAACAACAUUAGACAUUAAACUAUAACAGAUGUUAAACAAAAUAAUUACUCAYAUGGUAUGACAUCAUAGGGCAUAUAUUUACCCUAAGAAGAAAUCAUGCAAUUUAGAGAGAUUUUUAAACUCAUAACCUGUAGAUGCCAGAAGAACCAAUUAAAAGGCUUUAUGUUUAAAAUUACUUUCCAAAGGUUUAAAGAUGGUGUUCACUCUGAGUGCAUGAAUCAAAUGCCUCCCAUUUUGCAGUGCAUCAUGACAGCACCACGGGGUAUCCUUAGUAUUGACUGUAACUUCCCUUUUCACAAGUUUUCUUUACUGGCUUGUGGGAUGGCCUACUUUCUGUCUCACACAGAGGUAGUUGCACACUUGUGUGAAAUUAGCACUAUAYAUUAAUUAAAGCCACUCUAAUGGAAAGUUAACAGCUGAAUUCACCUACAGUCCAGGUGGAUGGUUAUUAAGGCACUUACAGUGGUUUAGACUGGUGUUUUUUUAAAGUAUUUUGAUACUCUGAAUUACACUGUUUACAUUUUAAGUAUUUCAGAAAUUGGCCUUUCUCCUACCAUUCUUCUGACAUGUGAGACUAGUAUGUACAUAGAUGUAUAUACCAAAGCACUGGUCAAGAUGUGGGGCAAAAGUAGAAUGGGGUGCAGGUUGAUACACUUUACUUUUCUUGAGUAGAAAUAAGAAUUAUUAGUAAAGCUGAGGUAAGUCUAGUGCUCUAUACUGAGUUUCUUAMUGUAAGAGAUUGAAAAGGGACCUCUAGUGUUACUUUACUAUAGAUACUGAGUGAUAUGGUCACAGAGGAGCUCGCAGUAAAGACUAACAUUUUCARUGUCAGGCACUUGUUCUGGGCUGACAAAAUUAACUAUUUUUGUAGUGAUUUCARGAAACUGAAAGUCUCGUUUCAAUGUGCAGAAAUUGACCUACAUUUGAGGUUUGAAAUUUUAAUUUUUUAGAUUUAAUUUUUUUAGAAGAGACUGGAAUUUGUAAUAAAUCCUUUUAACCAUUCCUCAAAAAAAAAAGCUGCUACUCUUUAGAACUCUAGUUCUCUAGCUAUAUUUUAAGGAGGCGAUUUUACUACUCUGUCUUGUUGGGGCUGCCGUUCAAGUGUUUCGUGGUGCUCUUCUAGGARCUGCAGUUUCCCUAUAGAUGUCUGUCAACUUGUAACUUUUGCAAAUAAUCUUCUGUCUUCAGUUAGAUGCACUAGGUUCAGCUUUGGGGACUACUGCUGUUCCUGGGCUGCCUGCUAUUUUCAGUUCUACAGAGCCAUCCACUGCCUACCUGCAAAUAGCUCAUAAUGCAGCUUGUCCAACAURAUUCCCAUGCCUUGGGCUGACUGCAUGCAUGAUUUAGGAUCAUACAUCUGCGUGUUAAGUUGUUCUGAGUGACGAGUGCUGACAUGUAUGCCCGCAGCUUUUCCUUCCCAUAACAUACCACAAGUAUAUCUGUGUGGUAUUAUAAAAUGCUCUGCUUUGGUAGAGCCAGUCCAGCUAGGAGCUGGAACCCUCACCUAAGAAACAGAAUGGGAAUAUGAAAUGAUGCAGUAGCAUUCCUGAACCAACAUGUUCCRGUGAAACCUAUCCCUCUUCCUGAUUUCUGGCCAAAACUUGUAACAUUUUGAAAAAACUUCUGUCUUGUGAAAAUGAGUUUGAUCCCUUGAAGCUCUUGAAAAGUCAGUGUCAGCUGCAAGAGAUCAUAUCUGAUGGAAAUAAAGCUGCUGCUGAGAGUUCCUAGGUGGGUUCUGUAUAAAUUCAGCUCUGAAGGUUGAAAAUGUUAGCCUUAAACUUCACCAUACACUGGAUUACUAUACUUGAAAUACUUUUUUUUUUCUCUUUGUAUGGCAUCAAUGGAGAUGUACGCAAUCUUUUUUUAGUUUUAUAUCUAUUUGUGAGAUAUUGAUUCUGAGUGUCAAUUUAUUCUUUUGUCCUCUGUUAUAAUGUAUACUAUUUCUAGAAAAAAUAUAGAUUGUCAAUGUUUGACUUUA